AUGCCCGCAAAGUACGAAGUACUCCCCGAGGUAAGAGUGACGCUAUCAGAUGCCAAAGCGAGAGGACAGGACGAGAAAGACGCUGCCGUUGCCGCUGCCGCUGCCGACAGCGACGACGACGACAUUGACAUUGACAUUGACAUUGACAUGGAAUAG